AGCGAGUGUAAAAAAUGGCUACCCUUUUAUUGCCUAAUAACUUCGAAGUUUGCCUUUGUUGUUACGCUUUGAUAGUUUUAGUCCCUUUGUUAUAUCUAAUUCACCAAUUUUUGAAGAAGAUAAAGGACCCCAAUCAAGAAUCCACAUCUGAUAUUCCCCCUGGCUCUCGAGGACUACCAUUCAUAGGAGAAACUUUACACUUCAUGGCUGCCAUCAAUAGUGCCAAGGGGUUCUAUGAUUUCGUUCGAAUUCGCAGUUUGAGGUAUGGGAAUUGUUUUAGGACCAACAUAUUUGGAGAGACGCAUGUGUUUGUUUCCAGGACUGAGUCGGCGAAAGCGAUUCUGAACAACGAGUCGGGCAAGUACACUAAAAGAUACAUCAGGUCCAUCGCUGAGUUGGUUGGAAAUGAAAGCCUUCUAUGCGCUUCUCACCAACACCACAAGCUGAUACGCAGUCGUUUAAGCAAAUAUAUGUUCUCCGCUGCCUCUUUGGCUAUGUUCGUCAAACAGUUUGAUCAGUUAGUUAUUGACAAUCUUCGGAGCUGGGAGCAUAGAACAACCACGGUUGUUCUCGACGAGGCACUUAAGAUAGCUAGUGAAGCGAUGUGCAAAAUGUUGAUGAGCAUAGACAGCGGACCUAAAUUAGAGCUGUUGAGAAAGGAAGUCAUUCAUGUUUGUGAAGCUAUGCUUGCAUUCCCACUCAGAUUUCCAGGCACCCGAUUUUAUACGGGUCUUCAGGCAAGAAAAAGAAUAAUGAGCAUGAUUGAGAAGGAAAUUAGUGAAAGGAGAAGAGGUUUGGGAGGCUGCCAUGAAGAUUUUCUUGAAAAUUUGUUGGGAGAUGAUGAUAAAGGAAGUUAUGAUGCUACAAAUAGGUCAACAUUAUCAGAUGCAGAGAUUCAAGACAACAUCUUAACCAUGAUCAUUGCAGGUCAAGAUACAACGGCUAGUGCAAUCACAUGGAUGGUCAAAUACUUGGAUGAGAACCAAGAGGUCCUUCACAAACUAAGGGAUGAACAGCUUCAACUAGCUAGGAGAACAUCAACCGAGUCGUUUCUCACAUUGGAAGAUCUAAACGACAUGCCGUAUGCUUCGAAGGUUGUAAAAGAAUCCUUAAGAAUGGCAUCAGUAGUACCCUGGUUUCCAAGACUGGCUCUCCAUGACUGUGAGAUAGAAGGAUAUAAAAUAAAAAAAGGAUGGAACGUUAAUAUUGAUGCUAGAGCAGUGCACCUUGAUGGUACAGUGUACAAUGAUCCAAGCAAGUUCAACCCAUCAAGAUUUGAGGAUGAAUCAAGGCAUUAUAGCUUUUUAGCUUUUGGGAUGGGAGGAAGGACAUGCCUUGGAAUAAACAUGGCUAAAGCCAUGAUGCUUGUUUUUCUCCACCGCCUUAUCACCACCUACAGGUGGAGGGUGACCGACCCAGACUCAAGCAUUGAGAAGUGGGCAAUGUUUUCAAGACUAAAAAGUGGGUGUCCAGUGAUAGUGACAUCGAUCACAAACGCAUCAUGAUAAAUAAUACGCAUCAUGAUAAAUAAUGUUGGAUGCUAUUGUGCUAAUAGACAUGUAAAAACAAGCACCUCAAUUCUCAAAACUGAUAAUUAAGAAUGCAAAUGCUUAAUUUCGUGUAUGCAAAUUAUUGGGCAGUUCUAUUCGUUGAAAUUAGAUCAGGAUUGUUUUUUUUUUUUACAUUUAUAAUAUAUAUAGAUGGAAUUUCUUAUGUAUGAGCGUCAUUUUGCUCAUA